AAAAGAAAAAGAAAAAAAAAAGAAGAGCUAGUGCCUGCUGAAUCUGUUUAUUCUUAUCACCACCACCGUCAUCGUCAAUUUUCAACCUCGUUCCCAGUUCUGCUCAAGGGUAGAAGUAUACAGAGAGAUGUCGUUGGAGCCUCCACCAUUUCAAGAAGCCCCACGCUGUGACGUAUGCAAAUGCAGUUUCAACACUUUCCGACGUAGGCACCAUUGCAGAUGUUGUGGCAGGACACUGUGUCAUGACCAUUCAUCAGAUCUAAUGGCUUUACCGCAGUUUGGCAUUCUGACAAGUGUUAGAGUAUGUUCUGAUUGUUUUAACAAUUCUCGAUUGGGUGAAGAUAAAUCACAGAUGACAUUCAGCGGUAGUAACUCAGCGGCGGAUGCAGUUUCCAGAUUAGACAUUCGUGACACUGUCGACGAGAAGCCUGCUCCAGAUCAUGAGCAGAACUCUGUUAUAAAUGUUCCCGAGUGCAAGUGUGGGAUGCCUUUAUGCAUUUGUGUUGCUUCAGCCCCAGAACCAGAUCCCGCUCCUUUGCAGAUGCAUACUACAUAUACAGUCCAACCUCAACCUAGCAGCAGGAGGAAAAAGAUGGACCAGACACCAAAGAAUACAGGUCCAAGUUCCAACAGCAGCAACCCUAGCUCGUUUUUUAAUCCUGGCCACAUGACAAAAGCAAGUGUGAGGGAAUCCAAGGCAAACUAUGAAGUUAGUGGGGAGGGUUUAAGAGAAGCUAUCAAGAACAGUGACACUGCAGCAGUUAGAAAGCUUCUGAGUGAGGGUGUGGAUGCAAAUUACUGUGACAAACAAGGAUUAUCUUUGUUGCAUUUGGCUGCCCUUUUUAAUCAGACUGACAUAGCUUUUAUUCUCAUGGACAAUGGGGCGAAUUUGGAAUACAAAAAUCAACAAGGAGAAACCGCAUUGGAUUGUGCCCCAACCACUUUGCAGUACAGAAUGAAGCAAAAGAUGGAAAAUGGGGCUUAGUUGAAGUGAAUGGGAUUCAGUAAUGCAUGAAAUGGGCAUGCUCAGUUUUUAUGGUGGCCAAGGUGGUGCACCCCAGUGAUAGUGCUGUGAACAUCGAAAAACAAUGUAAACAUUUGCAGGAACAUGGUGUAAGAACAAAUGAUGUAUUUAGAAGAAAAUUCGUGUCCAUUUCAAUGGAAUGUAAGUGUACAAAGCAGAGGCCAAGAAUACUACGCCCUGAAGAGCAACGCAGUAUAAUGCAUCUAUAUGGUUGAGGCCCAAAUUUUAUGUGGAGCCUCCGUCAGAAUAAGCAAUUUUUUUUUUGAA